UAUGCUAGACCACCUCCCUUUGGACUGAUGACAUGCUUUGUCACCAGCUGGGUCGAUUAACAAUCAGCUUGAACAGGCUAAAACCCAGCUGUCAAUCAGUCAACGCUCACUGGCACAAGGAAGCAAUGGAGAAGACGUUUGUCAUUAGAGGUAUGAAAAGCUUUGAGUGUUCGUCGCUGUCGGAGCUCGACAGGAAGUUCUUUGGGGAACAGAGUUUGCCCUCCGCUCUGUCGCUGGAGCAGCUGUCCACGUCCAGAGUGUCCAACGACACCGCGGCCGACGGAUCUGACUGCAGGCCGUCCAUCCCGGCCUUGCUCAGCCUGUCAUCUGACCCCAUAUCUCCCUCUCUGGGGUCUUCAAUGCCCACCAUGACCACUCAAGGGACUGGCUGUCACCUGGCCGUCCCUUUGCAGGGAAAGUCCUCCACUCCCCAAGUCCUCUUUAGAAGACAAGAGAAAGCCGCUGGUUUUGACCGGUCGUACGGGGAUCUCACCGCAUCUCAGAUGUCGUGGGACGUGUCUUUGAUUAAAUCUGACAACAGCCCUAAACUGGGCCUCGAGUCCAGCGCUCUGGACUCAACAUGGAGUCCAAACCCCCACUCCAGACAUCAUUCACUAGCUGAUGUGUCUCCCUGACGUGGCCGAGAAUGUCCCGCAACACACACCUACACACCUGCAUGGGGGAAGACGUCUGAGGGCCUUCGCCUGAUCUGGAUUGUGUCCGCAUCCACCAACGUUGAAUCAAAGUGGACUUCAUGUGGUCAAUCUUGUGUUGGUACAUUCUUAAAUUCAAUGUAGCUCAUGACUUUUUACAGGAUCCAUGUGUAACUGUUCAUGCAGGGUGCUGCAUACAGUCAAAUGUUUUUUUUUUUUUUUUUAAUCUUUUUAUUUCACAGAUUUAAAUAAAGUAUCAACCUCA